AACGCAAACUGAAGUGAAUGAAAAAGUAAAAUCUGCAAGAAAAAAGAACCAAAAAAACUGAAAAAAUCAAAAUCUAGAAAAGCCCAGAAACAAGGGCAGACAACUAAAUUCCACAUAUUGAGAGAACUGAUGGAGGCGAUCGUUUUCGAAAAGCAACAGGGUUCAUUAUGUGCCCUUCACUGUCUGAACUCCCUUCUUCAAGGCCAGUAUUUCAGCCCUAUAGAUUUGGCACAAAUAGCCAAGAAAUUAGAUGACCAAGAAAGGGAGCAGAUGGCUGAGGGUGGUGAGAACUCACAAGAAUAUAUGCACUUUUUAGAGCAACCGUCUUCAAAUAUGGAUGAACGAGGAUAUUUCUCAAUACAAGUUAUAACAAAUGCACUAGGAGUAUGGAAUUUAGAUAUAAUACCUUUUAGUAGUCAACAUCCAAAAGCUAAGGAAGCACAAGAAAAUCCUCUACAACAAACAGCUUAUAUAUGCAACAUGAAGGAACAUUGGUUCACUAUACGUAAAAUUGGUUUCCAAUGGUUUAACUUAAACUCUUUACUGAGUGGUCCCGAACUCAUAUCAGACACAUAUCUGUCUUUGUUUAUCAUACAAUUACUACAAGAAGGUUAUUCAAUAUUUAUUAUCAUUGGUAACUUGCCACCUAGUGAUGCUGAUCAACUUUUAAAAAUUCAUCCUGCUGUACAGCCAGUGAAACCUACCUUAGAAAGUGCAGCACCUUUAACUGCAUCCAGCAGUGAAGACCAGAUGGACCCCAGUUUACAGCAAGUUAUUGAGACUACUCGGGAAUAUGCUGAAAAGGAUGAUCCUUCAUUGCAGAGAGCAUUAGCAAUGAGUUUGAAAGAUAAGGAAGAAGCACUUUUACAAACUGCUCUUGAACUUAGUAUGCAAGGUGAUAAGGCAGAAGAUAAUUGUCUUGGAACUGAAGAUACUACUCCUGAUUUGGAAGUACAUCAUACUUGGGGUAUGCCACAGUCUCUUCACAGUCAACAACCUCAAACACAAAAGCCUUCAAAACAGCCGAUAUCCAUUGAUGAAUUGCGCCAAAAACGACUCAACUACUUAAGCAAAACAAAUUGUUUACAGAAUAAUGCAGCCGAUUCUUCUGUUACUAAUAUGGAAAAUGAAUCUGAAUCUGUCAAAGAAAAUGGGGAAAAUGGAGAAAAUGGGGAAGAACUGAGUGAAGAAGAGAUGCUCCAGAAAGCAAUUUAUAUGUCUAUGAAAGCAGCAGAACCAAUGUGAAGCUAUUGUGGUUGAAGAACUAGGACAGUCAACUCUGUUGUGAUAUUAGUAACAGAAAGUGCUAAUUGUACACUACACCUCUCUUUUCUUCAUUUCUCUCUCUCUUACAGAGUUAUGCAGAAAGCUGUAUCACAGUUGGUUGUAUUUUCUGUAAACUGACUCUAAUGCUAUGGGAGCAAUGCCUAUUUAUUGAUGCAAUUUGUACUUUUGCAAUAUAAAUAUUUUUUUACCUUUCACCUUCUUGUAUGUUGUACUAGCAGUCAUUUCAUUAAUUAAAAAUAACCAUCAGCCUAAUUAUGAAGACCAAGUAAGAUAGAUACUUGGCUUAUUUGAUCAUCUGUACACUCUCCUACAAAUAUUGUCCUUGUAUUUAGUCAAAAGGGUUCAUUAUUAAUGUUACAUAUAGGAGAACUACAUCUCAACUGGUUUCUGGUGUCAAUCUUUUUUUUAAAUUUUUGCUUUUUCAUUCAGUCCCUCCUCUUCUUGUUCCCAGUUUAUCUUAACCAAAAGCAUUCUUUAGAAAUUAACAAGUUUCAAGGAAUCUUAUUUGAGAAUAUAACUUUGUUUUUAUAUAAAGUAUAGUAUUGUUUUUUUUUUUCUGUUGAAUUCUUUUUGGACAAAUUUUCAAGAAGAUUUUUAAAAUACCAAACCACUACUUUAAUGAACAUUUAUAAGGAUAAAAGUAGUUUUCAGACUUAGUUGUAGAAAGAAUGUAGGGCUUUGUGUUAAUUUUUGGAUAUACGAGAUGCUUUACACUUUAGUUAUUUAGUAAUUGGUACUAUGAUUAACAACUUUUAAGUAUUUGAAUUUGAGGGCUUUCGCUUUGAGAAUGUUAUAGUUGACAAAUAUUUAAUACUUGAUAAUAGCUUGAAUUUAAAUACUUUCCACUACCUUUGCUGGCAAUACUGGUGCAGCUGUAAAUAGUUUCCAGUCUUUAAUAUUAGAGAUUGAUUGGAACCUAAAAACUUUUGUAAGAAAAAAGAAUGUCACCUGCUAGUGAGCUAACUGCUAUUCCAAACCCUUCUCACUCUUGUGACAUAAAAUUGCUUAUUUCCAUUACACUGUUUGUUGAAUGCAAUAUAUCAGUCUGUUCUUGCAUUGUCAUUGGUCUGUUGAAGUAGGAUGUGAUGUGGAGAAAAGGCAUAUUUCUUUGUUAGUAUAUAUAAUAAUUUGUCAGAAUAUUUUUUGCCACUAAUUACCAUAUUCCCCCUCAUAACCUGCUACAUAGGAAAUUUUCUUAUUUCCUCUCCUGAUUUACUGCAAGCAUUGUGGUAAAUCAAUUUCAGAAGGGUCAAGACAAAAAUAGAAAUUUCAUAAAAGAAGGGUAAAAGCUAUAAGAAAGGUGAAUGUUGUGAGGCUAUAGAUGGAAGUGGCAUUUUCAUGAUUUACUCUUGUGAAAGAAAUGUAAAGUAUUGAAUGUUUAAAACAAGGAAGAAAAGCUUAACUACCAAGACACUCCUUUAUAGUCAUACUAGAAAUGUAGAGUAAUCAGUUAAGGGAUGAUGUAUUGAGUGCUUUAUGCUAAAAAUUCUGAAUUAAGUGAACUCUCCCUCUUAGUUGUGGAAAGAAAGCAAAACACUAGCAACAAUUAUUAGCAACUCUCAAAGAAAAGGAGAGCUAUUUCAACAAUUUAAAAAUUUUAUUGCACAAAGAUAAUUUACAGACCUAUGAGGAACAACUGACAUUUUUAUUUACAGUAUUCAUAACAUAGUCACUUAACUUAUUUAAUUCAUGCAAUUGGUCUUUCAUUUUAUUUUGUAAUAAGCAGAGUAUUAAUAUACUUGGGAUGUACAAAAAGAUUUCUACUUAAUAGAGCAGACCACUUCAUGAUGUUUCUUUAUAACUGCAAAUUGCCAAUCCAACAAACUCAUUGUAACUGUCAAAUAUUAAAGCAAUUGCUUUGUUUUGUUGGAAAAGAUAUUUCAGCUGAUUGUACUGUCACCUCACUAAAGCACAUAAUCCUUAGUGAACCCUUAAUCUCUGUGUAACUGAUACUUUUAAACUACUUUUUACAUAAGACAAGAUCCUCCAACUUUCCAAUUAGAUACAUUAAAAUUGCUGUCAGAAAGUGACUGCUCCAGUUGGUGUCUGUAACAUAUAUAUCCUUCUGUCAAGCAGAGAAUCCUAAAUUUCUUUUUAGAAGUUGGACUAUCUCAUUUUGUUUUUACUGAAAUAUAUUUUGUUUUGUCAGGAGAGUUUUAGUAUACUCUGUCUAGUGUGUGACCAGUGCUUGUAUUACAAGACCUAAAUGAUUGAUAAUGAAAGAAAUAUGUUAGUCCACUUCAGGAGUGAACAUACUGACAGAUGCUAAAGUGAUCUGUUGUCCAAUUUAACACCAGCACCUGUCUCUUGAGUGCCUUUAAUGAAGUUCACUCUAUUGCAAGCAUUUGGGCCAGGUCUCCUAUCUAAGAAUAAUCUCCUCUCUUCCUCUUACCAGUAUCAGGUUCCAAAAAGGAUAAUGGGUGCUGGUUUUUUUUCCCUAAAACAUUAAAAAAAAAAGAAAGGAAAUGGCCAACACUUCAGCAUUAAUCAU